AUGUCAGAAGAUGGAGAGAAGGAAAAGGUGGCCCAGCAGGAACGAAAGGUUCCUCUUCUGAAGCUCUUCUCCUUUGCUGACUUUUACGACUGCGUUUUGAUGAGUGUUGGAUCUGUUGGGGCGUGUGUUCAUGGAGCCUCUGUGCCUGUCUUCUUUGUCUUCUUUGGAAAGAUUAUCAAUGUCAUAGGCUUGGCCUACCUUUUUCCCAAAGAAGCUUCCCACGAAGUUGCCAAGUAUGCGUUGGAUUUUGUGUAUCUAAGCAUAGUGAUAUUGUUUUCAUCUUGGACAGAGGUGGCUUGUUGGAUGCAUACUGGGGAGCGUCAAGCUGCAAAGAUGAGGAUGGCAUACUUAAGGUCAAUGUUGAAUCAAGAUAUAAGUCUUUUUGACACCGAGGCUUCCACUGGAGAGGUUAUUUCUUCCAUCACCAGCGACAUCAUCGUUGUUCAAGAUGCACUCUCUGAGAAGGUAUGA